AUGGGUAGUAGUGAUUCUUCAUCAUCUAAACCAGUAAACAGCAACGCAGUUUCUUCUCCAUUGGAGAUGAAUCAAGAUUCGGGGCAGUACUUGAACCAAAAGCUAGUCGACGCGAAGCGCUAUGGUCAUGAGGGAGUGGUUGCAGGAGCUAAAGCAGCUCUCGUCGGAACGAUUGCCAGUGCUGUUCCUACUUUUGUGAGCGUCAGAGUGUUCCCUUGGGCGAGAUACAACCUCAACCCAGCAGCACAGGCCCUCAUCGUAUCUACAGUGGCAGGGGCGGCAUACUUCAUAGUAGCAGACAAGACAGUGCUGGCUUCGGCAAGGAAGAACUCCGUUAAGCGUGUCCAAGAAUGAGUGUCUCACCAUCAUAUAUAAAUGUUGUCUAUCUAUAUGUACACUAGUGAGGGAUACCUUUUUCAGAUU